CCUCCUGGCUUUCACCAGGUUAGAAAUAUGCAGACCUGCUUUGGAUGCAAGAUUCAGUGUCUAUGAGCCUUUUGUGGAGUACGUCAAAAAGCAAUGCUGAGUGACAAUAACAGUGUGAAGUUAAAAAGUGAUUGUUCACCUCCUGUGCAAUGGUAUAAGACAGCUGCACACGAAGAUGAAAAGACCAGGCUGGUUUUUAAAAGACUUUUUGUACUGUUUGUGGUUGGAGGGUGCUUCCUUUAUAUCCUCAAACUACAUUUUGGCCCUGAAGAAUGUGACAGAACAAAAAUGCCGUAUGUGGACCUCGAUCGUGUAAAGAGAGCACAACAAUAUGCCAGCGCUGUGCUGCAGGGACAGUGCCGACCUUCUUAUGCAAAGAAGGAAAUGGGAAAGUUAUUUGCAGAGAAAUACAGCAUGGACAUAUCUCCUUUUGUAAGAAAAAAUGUAAAUGAAGAUGAAGCUUUAUUUAAAUAUGAACCUCCCUUUGGAUUUCACAAGUUCUUUGAUAAGCUUCAAAAUCUCCUUGAACUCUUACCUGAGCAUGAUUUGCCAGAAGAUUUGAAGUCAAAACACUGUAAACGCUGUGUUGUUAUUGGCAGUGGCGGAAUCCUUCAUGGCUCAGAGCUGGGUCACUUAUUGAAUCAGUUUGAUAUUGUUAUAAGGUUAAAUGAUGCACCAGUUCAAGGAUACACAGAUCAUGUUGGUAAUAAAACUACUAUAAGGAUGACUUAUCCAGAAGGAGCUCCACUUUCUGAACAUGAGUAUCAUCCUGCUAGCUUGUUUGUGGCUGUUUUGUUUAAAAGUGUUGAUUUCAACUGGCUUCAAGCAAUGGUAAAAAAUGAAACUUUGCCUCUGUGGGUGCGGCUCUUCUUUUGGAAGGAGGUUGCUGAGAAAAUUCCUUUUACAUCAAAACAGUUUCGGAUUCUGAAUCCAAUCAUCAUUAAAGAGACAGCUUUGGACAUUUUACAGUUCCCUGAACCUCGAUCCAAGUUCUGGGGUUGGGAUAAGAAUGUACCCACUAUUGGGGUCACAGCAGUUGUUCUGGCCACACAUUUGUGUGAUGAAGUGAGCUUAGCAGGAUUUGGAUAUGACCUCGAUCAGCCCAGCACACCUUUGCACUAUUACAACAACCUCUGCAUGGCUGCCAUGAACGGACAAACUAUGCACAAUGUGACAAGCGAAACAAAAUUCCUGCAAAAACUGAUUAAAGAAAAUGUUGUCAAAGACCUCACCGGUGGGAUACAUUGUGAAUUUUGCAUCAAAGACAGCUAGUGAUUGAAGUGCAACAUGCUUUGGAUUUAUUAACUUUUCAGAGGUUCGGCUGGAACAACCAUUUUACUGUCUUCGGUGUUUUGUUAAAGUGUGUAUAAAAUGGACUUGGAAUCUCUGGCUUUUUUCUUUCUUUUUUUUUUUAAGUCAGGUUUAAUUUGUUGAACUUUUAAAUUUAUUUAGAUGUUGCAUUUUACUUUGCACAUUUUUGUGGGUAUCUAUGUAAAUACAACUUUGAAUUGAAAGAGAUCCAUUUAAAUAUAUAAUGUUUUAAGUUGUCUGAAAAAAGCAGAGUUUUUGUUUUCAGAUGUAUAUGGUGCGCACAAUGCUAGCCUGAGUUUUUCUAGUAACAUAAGAGAAUAUUUUUUCCAUUGAACUACUACCUUUGUGGAUCCAGUUCUUGGUGUAUGACUCCUUUUCAUGCAUGACAUGAAAAGAAAGGCAUACGCUUCUCAAGUUUUUCAUUUGUUGCAAUUGACUAUUGUGUUUUUCCUUCAGAUAUUUAUAUUCUUUUGUUAUUGUGUUAAUAUUUGGGGGAGGGGAAGUGGAGGAGGAAUGUGGGAGUGGAGGUGAAGGAGAAGAAACUAUUAUGACAACAAUUGAAUAGUAAGUACUUUAGCAUUCAUACUUGACCUUAAAAUCAUUGAUGAGUUAAUGCAUUGGGUUUAGAAUGCUGCUUUAUCAUGAGGCCUAUUUGGGCCCCAAGAUGUUUUAUAAGAGGAUUUAACUCGUAGGAGGUUUUUAUCUGAACUAGAUCUCUUAACGUUUUCAUUCCUUCAGACACAGAUACAUGUUUCUAACUGGUUGUUUUGCAGCAGAGUUCAACCACCCCUAUUAAAGAAAUGUCAUUAAUACAAAAUCUUUUUUUUUCUUUUUUUACAGUGACUUGAGAAUUAGUUUUAGGAACCUGUGUUUUUUCGAGAGUUACAUAAAAUACCAUUUUAUAUAAAUCUUCCAUACAGCAAUAAUAGAAUCUGUGAUUAAGACGAAAUUUCCAUUAGUUUGCUGUCCUUUAGUAAGUAAUUACAGAUAUUGUAACCUUAGUUUACAUUGAUGAUAACCCUUAUGAAUUCUAGUGUUGACUGUUUAAUUGGAGUUAGAGACAGAAUUAUUUUGUUUUCCUGGAUCAACUUACAAGUUGACAACUGCGUGAGACAUAAGUUAAGAAAAUCACUUUGAGAAAGUAAUAUGAUACAGUAGCAAGCUACAUGACUGUUGAAAGCAGCAUUUUUUUAAUUUUUAUACUGUAUGUAUAUGUUCUUGUGACCGAAAAUCAGUGCAUUGCAAAGAAACUGGACUGUGCAGACCUGUGACCAGGUUUAGAUGUUUGUUUUCAUUUUGUUACUAGUAGAGUAGUAGAUGUGACUGUUUGCACUGAGCAGUGUUGUUACUCAAUCUAUAGUAUGUGAAAAAUGGAUUCUUUGGGAAUGAAAGCUUGUUAGCAAAUUGAUCAAAAGUUGGCAUAGAAACAUAUUGGCAUAGCCAGGGGACUCACCAGUUGGUGAACCUUCCCACUUUUUUGUUGUCUAAGACAUGCAUAGCAUGGAGUUAAAUGCUGCAGAAAAAGUAUGUGGGAAGGCAAGAUUAUGGGCAGGCUUGUUUUUUUGUUUCCAUGGAGAGAAGACCUAGUGAAUGAUAACGUAAAAAUGCAGGAGCAAACGGAAAGAUUCUGGCCAUUAUAGUGAAAGACAUUAAAAUUACGUCAGAUCAUAAAGCGUAAUUCUGAAGAAAGCUGUGGACCUCAUCUUUCAUAAGUCCUGUGUCCCCACACUUCCUUGAAAGCCAGUUAUGAAUGUAAGCAAAUAUGAAAAUCAGAUUCUUGUCUCUGGCACUGUUUGUGUUUAUAGCAAUAAUAUUAAUCUAAGUUCUUUUCCUUGAAACACAUUAAUUUUUGCAUUAGCAAUAAAUUUCUAGUCCAUGUUUUUGUGCAAGUACAUUAAUUAUUUAAUUUAAAAAUAUUUCAUGUGUGAAGAGUUUUAUACAGAUAGUCUUUUAGUUUAAUAUAUUAAAACAUGCUAAUUAUUUUCUCCUAGUAUGUAAACUGGAAGCAAAGUACCUUAAUUUCAUUUGAUAUUGGUGAAGAUUCAAAAGUGUUGGAAGAGUUCAGAAUGUGUGUGUUGGGAGGAAAUCUUAAAUACACCCGAAGUAUGUGUAUCAGAGCAUCUGAUCUCUCACCAGAACUUUUUACUUUACUCUGACUUAAAAAUAGUUGAUUGAUGUAAAUGCCAGUAGCUUUUUUGGAGGUGUAUUUAUUGUCAAACUCUCAAGUCCUGUUGAUAGGAGGUUAGAUUGUUUUCCCAGCAGUUUUACGGCUUGUGAUAAAACGUUCUCCAUAGUAGUAUAUAAUGCUUAGAAUACUCCUGCACAGACUCGACCAUCUGUAAAAUGGCAUCAACGUUCAGGUUGCAAAAAGCAAUAAACUGAUGAAACCACUUUCUACUUA